AUGGAUGUUGAAGCCACGAGUGUUGUACAGGUACUUUUGAAUGAGAAAUCUAUUAUUUGUUCUAAUUGUAAAUCGCUUAUUCUAAAGCCAAACAAGGCUCAAUUAGUAAAUACUGAGAUAUUCUUACCUCAUAUUGAUAUCAAAAAAUCUAUAGGUGAUCAUACUGAAAAAAAUAUAGGGGAAAAUAUAACUCAAUUUUGGAGAGUAAAAAGUUCAGAUAUAUAUAUCUUUGAAAAUAUUGGUUUCACACAUUCGAUACCAUCUUCUAACUCACCCUUUAAAUAUUUAGCUUGUGCUGACUGUGAAAUAGGUCCUUUAGGUGUUGAUAAUUUAUCCCCACUUACCAAUAACAAUAAUACAGAUGAUCAAAAUUCAUUCAGAUUUUUUAUAGCCUGUUCAAGAGUGUCACUUUUAUAA